CCUCUCACCUCUCUCACUCCUCUCGGGACUCCCGGUGGAGAAGCAGGAGGCUCCUCGUCCACAACACACGCUCAAAACUCGGACUUUUCCCCCGGAUACACCAUCAAGAAACGACGACAGAUCCGAUCAGAUCGAUUGUAUUUCUUGCAUCGAUCUCUGCACUGCGUGUUUUUGGGGAACCACACACACGCACACGCACGCGUACACGCACGCACACAGGUUGCUAACCCAGCUAGCCGCGGUUAGCUGUGUUUUCCCUUUUUUUUCUCACCUUGGAUUUAAAGCAGUCAAACUUAAAAACACAACACAGUCAGAGGUUUAUUUUUUGCAGACAGGCUGCUGGGUAGUUCAGACAUGAUGUGGUGUGUUUUUGGACGUGUAUCAGGUUGGCAGGCUGGUAGCAUCGGCUGACUAAAAGCCUCUUUUUUGGGGUCAGUUUUGCUUUUAAGGUGGACUUUGUCCCCUUUUUGUGUGUGAGUAACUUUCCCCCCCUUCCACUCCAGUACUUGAAAAGUGGUGGACUAUUAGUCCUUCCUUUUGGGAGUAUUACAAAACUUUUUUUUUGGAGGUAAAAAAAAGUUUUGGGAAGUUGAGGAUUUUUUUUCCUCGAGACUGUGGAAAAAAAUGGAUGCGGGUAUAGAGAAGGAAUGCAGCGCCUUGGGAGGGCUCUUCCAGCUCAUCAUGAACGACAUGAAGGCAAGUUAUCCAACAUGGGAGGACUUUGUAACCAAAGGAGCCAAGCUACAAUCACAGCUCAGGACGACCAUCGUGGUGACCGGAGCGUUCCUGGAUGCUUUUCAGAAGGUGGCAGACAUGGCGACCGGGACCAGAGGUGCCACCAAGGAGAUCGGCUCAGCACUAACCAGGAUGUGUAUGAGACACCGCAGCAUCGAGUCCAAACUCAAACUGUUCACCACAGCGCUCUCAGAAAGCCUCGUCAGUCCGCUGGAGUUGAAGAUGGAGGAGUGGAAAAAAGUGGCAAGUCAGCUGGACAAAGACCACGCUAAAGAGUACAAGAAGGCCAGAGCGGACAUCAAGAAGAAAUCCUCAGACACCAUCAAACUGCAGAAGAAGAUGAAGAAAGGUAAGGACGAGGUGCGUGGUCAGCUGGACAGCGCGCUGCAGGACGUCAACGUCCGCUACGCCGUCCUGGAGGAGACGGAGAAGAGAGCCGUGUGCAGAGCGCUGAUAGAGGAGAGAGCUCGCUACUGCAGCUUCGUCAGCAUGCUGAAGCCCGUACUGGACCAUGAGAUCAACAUGCUGGGUGAGGUGACCCACCUGCAGACCAUUCUGGAAGAUCUGACCAACCUCACAGCUGAGCCCAAUAAACUCCCACCAUCCAGCGAGCAGGUGAUUUUGGACCUGAAAGGUUCUGAUUUCAACUACAGCUACCAGACUCCUCCAGCUUCUCCCAGUAACACUAUGUCUAGGAAGAGCAGCAUCAGCAGUAACUACCAGUCUGGAUCAGUGAGACACGUUCCCUCCUUGGACUCAAUCAGCUGUGCUGUCGAUGGAGUACACAUCCAGGACGCCGUCGGCUCCAACCUUCAGCUCGCUGCUGGAGGGAGCGGGGGGGCAGAGAACGGCCUGUUGGCCCCCCCGCUCAGCAUCUACUCCCACGGAGAGAGAGCGAGAGCCAUGUCUGUGUCUGGGAAGUCUUGCUCGGCCCGGGAUCAGCUGGCGUUGACGUUGGGUGCGUUGAAUUCGGACGCCCCGCGGAGCAGCAGGGACUCUCUGCACUGUUCCAGCGGCUACAGCACCCAGACCACCACCCCGUCCUGCUCUGAGGACACCAUACACACACACACUGUAAGGAGAGAUCCUCCCCUCUAUGUCGACUACGAGUCCAUCUCUCUCCACGGAGACGCCGACUCCUUCUCCCUGCACCACCUCUCCCACGGCAACAGCCAGUCCGACUUCGACAAGUCCUCCACCAUCCCGAGGAACUCCGACCUCAGCCUCCAGUACAGGAAGUUCGCUCAGUCCAAGCGCCCGGCCUCCACCGUCAGCCUGCUGGCCGAGCCCGAGUUCGCCGGCAGGUCCGGCGCCCACCAGCUGCCGUCGCACACGGCGACCAUCCGCCGCAAACCGUCGUCCAAGCCGGGGUACCGCAGGGGCACGAUCAGCGGGGGGGUUCCCAUCCCCAUCUGCACGCCGCAGGUUCCCCUCAAGGCCCUCGCGGGAAACGGCGGGAGCGACGAGAACGUUUUCGCGGUGCCCUCCGCCGUGGGAGCGGGAGGUUUAAAUUACAGUAAACUCUGCACCUCCACCCAGAGCCUCAGCGCCUUACCUCCAUCCUCCUCCCCGUACUACCAGCUGGUCCCAGGUCAGAUGCCCAUCCCGGUGCCGGUGCCCACUGUGCCCUCCAUGCCACCGGACGGCGGCAACGCCAAACAGCAGCAGCAGAGACAGUACCAGCAGCAACUACAGCAACAACAGCAGCAACAACAGCAGCAACAUAUCAACCAUCUCAAUCAGCAGCAGCAGCAACGCAAUCAGCUGCAGCAGCACAACCAGCAACUCCACAUUCAGCAGCAAUACCAUCAGCAGCAGCAACUACAGCAACAAAUGCAACAUCAACAGGCACUGCUCCAGCAAAACCAGCAGCUGCAACAAGACCAGUAUCAGGAGCAGCUGAACCAGCAGCAGAAACAGAAGCUGUACCAGCAGCACCAGGCCCAGAUCCAGGCCGCCGCUCCCCAGGCAGAGCCCCCCGGUUUGGGCCACAUCGCUCACCACCAGCCCCAGGCUCCUCCGCCCUCCAGCCCGGACCAGGACCAGUACCCGGAGCCGCCGCCGCCCCAUGAGGGAGGCGGGAACAUGCUGAACCAGAUCAGAUCGGUGAGGCUCAAAAGGACCCUCACCAACGAUCGCUCCGCCCCUCUGCUGCCGGCUCCGACCAAUCACAAAUGAGGCCGAGGUUGUUUGGGUUGUCAGCACAGACCGCACAAAUCCAACAAACACGCAGACUUCCUGUUGAACACGAACUGUGGAACUUAUCAAUCGCUGGAACUCGUCGUGUGUCUUAUUUUAUUUUCUUAAGAUCUGCUUCCUUUUUAGGCCGUUUAGUUUGUUUUUAAACAUUUUUGGGAGACUUUGUCGUCAUUUCCUGUUAGCGAUCGACCGUCUUUUGCCUUUCUUUUUGUUUCUGGUUCAUGUUUGCAUUUCGAUUGCGUUUCUUUUUUUGACCCAGUCUUACCGAUUGUUUUUAGCUGAUCGUUUAUGUGGCUUGUUAACGAGCCAGACAGGAAGCUGUUGGUGUCUCAGAUCCUCUUUUCGGCUCCUGGGUGUGUUUGAUUUGCCUUUUUUGCCUAGACUCCCAGGAGGGUGGGGUUAAGUCAUUAGUCCUGUAGCUCCGCUGUUGUCACCUGGUUGAACCACGGUGUGUGUGCGUGUGUGGAGGUUUUUAAUUGGCUGGCUGUGGGUCAGUGUGUCGGUCCGGUUUAUCUGAACGAGUGUUUGGUUUGUUCCCGGUCAUCUCAAAGAGUCGAACCCCGAACAAGAUGCUCAAGACACCGGGUCUGUAGUUUGUAAAUAUGUUGGAACAAAAUCACUUCUUCUGAUGCGUACGAAGUGGCAGCAGUGCCCCCCCCCCCCCCCCUCCUCUCCACCCUGGGGAUGCCAAAUGGUGCCGCCGAGGGCUACAGUUUGAGGAAUUCAGGAUUAUAAAAUGUUACUGCGCGCGAAUGUCUGGUUUACUGUGUAAAUAAUUAGCUGGUUAAUAAGAGGAAUGAUAACGAAGAAGCUGGCGGCGAUUUGUUGGCAACUUUUUAGAGGCAACUACGGAUGACGUCGUUGCUGAGAGCAUAGCGGGCUAUGAGAAGCAGAACAGUGGACACGACGCCAUGUUAGAGGACGUAAACAAACCACAGAAAAGUAUCUUUUUUAGAUUUCUUAAUUGUAAUAAAUAUAGAUUGAUAUUUGCUUUAAAGCAUAAAGAUUUAUUUUGAUAAGGAACCCUUAAGUUUUAGAGUUGUGACCAGGAUCUAGAGGACAAACUCUGUACUGGAGCCACUGUUUCUGAUCGUUUCUUGUCACUUAUUGGCCGACAUACAUACACCGGUACAAAUAUAUCUAUUUGCCAAUAAGUAACAAGAAAUGUCAGCACAGAUUUUUUCCAUAUUUUUAAAUUAAUUUACAAACAUUGUCUCCAUUACGAAGUUUCUCCGUCAGAUCCAUGAGAAUUAUUUUUUUAAAUUUCCAUUUCAGUAAAUGUUUUGGUCACAAUUCUUCUUCUCUUCUUAGAACCAAAUUUAAAGGCUCGUUAUUACAAUUAUGUUUUGUGUUUAUGAUCAAAAUAAUCUUUACACAGAAACAAGUAAAAACAAUAAAUACAUUUUCUUAACAGAUGUUGCUUAAUUUGAUAGUUAAGAUAAUCAGGCAGCUGAUUUUACUCUUGAAUUUACUAUCAAUCAUUUUCAUUAUUGAUUAAUCUGGCCUUUACAUUUUUAGAAAUUUGUGAAAAAAUGCCCAUCACAUGUUCCUAAAUUUUUGAGCUGGAAGAAGUGAAUUCUUUGUGUAUUUCCAUCUGAUUUAGUUCCCGUCAAUCGACUGAUUGUUUCAGCUGCAAUUAUUUAUUUUACCGUUUUAAACUGGACAUUUUUUCCGUCUGUUUUUAGAGCUUCGAUUCUGUUUUCACUCCUCCAACAUGGCGACGUUUCCAUCUGAACUAUUAGAAAACAAUCUUCUACUUACUGAUCUCUGAUUUACUUCUAACGCAAAAACCUGUAAAUCUUUACCAUUUAAAGAAAUGUCUUUCUGCUUCUACAAAUACAGGAUCUGAUAUGUUGAAUAAAAACACUGCUAUUUGAUUUUGUUUGAGUGUUUAAAUUCUGCUCGCUCAGCAUUUUAACUGGAAAACCUUCUUACAGCCAAUCAGAGCGCAGAACUGAGAGGAGUUUGUGUUUGCUUUAACUUUGAACUUUAAAUUAAACUAUAUUUAUCUACAGUAGAGUUUGGCUGGGCUCCAAUAGCUGGUUCUAUUCUGGAUCCUGUUCAAAUUCGGUAAAAUAUUUAGAUCUAAUAAUAAUUAACCUUUUAAUUCUCAUAAUAAAUCUCUUAUUUGAGAUUUCAGCUCCUCUCCAUGUUCAACUGUAGCUUGAUCAUUUUGUACAGGUUCACUUAAAGAAGUCAAUCUUAAUUUGCAUAUUUUUUUAAAUUGUCAUGAGCAAAAUAAUCUCCGUCUCCCGAACAUUUCACUCUGAAUAAUGACGUGUUGCCUCUCAAAGUUGCCCGCCGAGUUUUGAUUUCACACUGAGCAUGCUGGGAAGCAGGGCCGUAGCCUCCACUGAGGACCGAGGUCAUGACCUCUGUUUAUGUUUAAAACGACACAAAGCUGUAACUAAUGAUUAUUUUUAUUAUCAAUAAUGUGACAAUUUUUCUUCUGUAAAAUAUCAGGGAAUAGUAAUGAAAAAAAUGACAUCCAAGAGCCAAAGUUAUGUUUUGUUUUGACCAAAAGGUCCAAAAUCAAAAUACAUUUUAACAUUUGCAUUUGAAAAGAUGGAUCCAGCACAUUUUGUUUACUAUCUGUUCAAUUUAAUUAAAUUUUUUUUUUUUACCAAAGUUUGAAUAUGUAAAGAAAAUAUGUUUCCAGUUAAUAAGUAAAUAUAAUUUAGUGGUUUUCUUAAAUACAUUCAAAAUUGAGCAGAGUUUGGUUGGUGGGUCUCAAUUUAAUUGAAGCUCAGGACCUCAGUAAUUCUUAAAUCCUGGUUACGGCCCUGCUGGUUGCCUGGAUGAGACCAGCUGCAUUCUGGGAAAUGCAGUCCAGCCUUUGGUCAACUCUCCUGGUCUCUUCUCAGAGAAACUUGUAUGUGUAUUUAGAGAUUUAAUGCAGCUGAUUCAAGUGUUAAUAUUUUUGAUGACACAGAAAAGCUGCCUUCUGAUAUUCGAUUGAUUGAUUGAUUGAUUGAUUGACCCCACAACCCCACAGCAGUUGUGUGUGUGUGUGUGUGUGUGUGUGUGUGUGUGUGUGUGUGUGUGUGUGUGUGUGUGUGUGUGUGUG